GCGGUUGUACGCAUGCGCUCACGGACAGCGCCUCCUAACCGUGCCUAUGCGCUACUGUGUCUGCACGCACGUUGCUGGGCGCAAAACCAGACUGCGCCUGCGCUGGGGAGCGAGCCCCUCCCCUCCCCUCUGAAGGACGUAAGUUAGGCAUGGAACCUGUUGCAAGAAAGAUCUUGAAAGGAGUUUUACUUUUGGAAAUCGCUGCGGUUGCUGGAGCAUAUUCACUAUUUUACAGAAUGGACACAAAUCAAGAUUUUAGGCAUACAAUGAACAGGAGAUUUCCAUCCAUUCUGGAAGUUUAUUACAAAAGCAAUGAAUUGGCUGGAGUUUAUGGAAAAAGGGAGGAGGACCAACUGAAAUGGCUAAGCAGCAAAAGUUAGAAGCCUUUGUGUUUGAACUGUUUUUUCUUCUUGAUAAUAUUUUUCACAUCUCUGUUGUGAAGCCAAUUGUCACGCUCUGCUUCCCACCUGAGCUGUUUGACACCUACAAGGGAAGAAGAGGGGAUAACUUAUGUAUCCUUUGAACAUGGUUUGGUAUUUGAAUAAAUGAUAAAUUCAUAAAACACCAA